GUUAAUCCCGCUCCAGCCUCCAACCCAAAUAAGCGCCUCUUUGACGAAACUCUUCCUUUUUCCCUCUCUCUUUGCUUUUGUUUAUUCAUUCAUCCUAAAAACCUUUUUUUAUUUUAUUUUAUUUUAUUUGGGUUUUGUUCGAAUCUGGUGAAAGUUUUUUUCUUUAUUUUGGGUUUUCUUCAAAUCGACAUUGGUUAUUGUUUGAGGUGUUCUUGAAGUUGAGUUGUAUUGAAAAUUUGUAGAAUCCGUUUCUCCAUUGAUCGAGGGAUUUGGGUUUCUUUUUAUUCUGUCAUUGAUCCGAGACGAGAAUGUCUCAGGAUUUGCCAUUGGAUCAAGACCUGGAUGAAUCUGAUCCCGAGUUUGUUGAGAUUGAUCCUACUGGUCGAUAUGGAAGGUAUAAGGAAAUUUUGGGCAAAGGGGCAUUCAAAAGGGUAUAUCGAGCUUUUGAUGAGUUGGAAGGAAUCGAAGUAGCUUGGAAUCAGGUUAAGGUGACAGAUCUAUUGCGAAACUCUGAAGAUUUGGAGCGACUUUAUUCAGAAGUUCAUUUGCUUAAGACAUUGAAGCACAAGAACAUAAUCAAAUUUUACAAUUCAUGGGUUGAUACAAAAAAUGAAAACAUUAACUUCAUUACUGAGAUAUUCACCUCUGGGACACUAAGGCAAUAUAGAAAGAAACACAAACAUGUUGAUCUGAGAGCAUUGAAAAAGUGGUCGCGGCAGAUAUUAGAGGGCCUUUUGUAUCUUCAUAGUCACGACCCUCCAGUUAUACAUAGGGAUUUAAAAUGUGACAAUAUCUUUGUAAAUGGAAACCAAGGUGAGGUAAAAAUUGGUGACUUGGGACUUGCUGCCAUUCUUCAACAAGCACGUUCAGCCCACAGUGUCAUUGGGACACCCGAAUUUAUGGCUCCGGAGCUGUACGAGGAGGAAUACAAUGAGCUUGUGGAUAUUUAUGCCUUUGGCAUGUGUUUGCUUGAGCUUGUAACAUUUGAAUAUCCAUAUGUUGAAUGUGCAAAUGCUGCUCAAAUCUACAAGAAGGUCACAUCAGGGAUUAAACCAGCUUCGUUGGCAAAAGUCACUAAUUUAGGAGUGAAAACAUUUAUAGAAAAAUGUAUCGCAAAUGUCUCUGAUCGCUUAUCAGCAAAAGAUCUUUUAAGGGAUCCAUUUCUUCAAGCAGAUGAUGAUCAUGAUAGUAUAUCUCGUCAUUUACAAUCAAGCACUCGACAUACAGUAAAAAGAGAGCAAAUUGAUACCGAUCGAAGUAUAGAUUAUUCUCCUGCUGAGACUAGUAGAGAUUUCAGUAUGCAUGGCGAGAGAAAAGAUGUUAACAAGAUAUUUCUCAAACUACGAAUUGCGGAUUCUAUGGGUAAUUUUCGCAAUAUCCAUUUUCCAUUUGAUAUUGAAGCCGACACAGCCAUUUCUGUUGCCAGCGAAAUGGUCGAGGAGUUGGAUCUUUCUGAUCAAGAUGUCUCCACAAUUUCCGAAAUGAUUGAAACGGAAAUUCGAUCUUACAUUCCAGAUUGGAUAUCGGUCGAGUAUUCUGUAGAUAAUGUUGGAGCUGAUGUUGCAAUUUCUGAUAGCUCUCCAUCUGAAACAAGAAAUGUUGCAUCUCCGUUGUCUAUUGAAUCGGGUAACCUUGCAUUAGAGGUAAUGCCUUCAGGUCGCAAGUAUUGGUCAGACUCUCCAAAAGGAAUUGGUGGGUGUUCUCCUAUUAAGCCAGGUCCUUCAAACUUGUCUUUUACCACAGAUUUGAAUGUUGAAUCCUCUAACAGCCACGUACAUGGGGACAAUCUAGAUCAUGCUGCUAUAAUCAAGGGACUAGAAAAUGAGCUUUUGUCAGAGGGUGGUGAUCAUGACGGGCAAGACGGGAGUAGCAUUCAUACUAGUUCUGAGACACAUUAUUCAGAAGAGAACAAUUAUGAUGAAUCAGUUGAUCUCAAAAUAGUAGCUGAGAAACUUGAAAAUUUGUUGACACAACAACAAAAAGAAUUAGAUGAACUAAGGAAAAAACAUAAAUUGGCUAUUUCAGAACUUUUGACUAAACUCACACCUGAAUCCUAUCAAAAAGUUAUAAAGAUGUGUCAGCUAAAGCGUCCUGAUUUUGAGUUGGUUCUCUAAAAUACAAUGCAAGUCAAGUUGAAGCUUCUACUCAUGUCCUAAAUGUAAUGGUAUCUCUUUACUCUCAAAUAUAAAUCAAUUUACAUUUUACACAACUUCUCGUUUGGUAAUAGUUUCCAAUUUUCAAACUCUUUUUCUGCCUUGGAAGUUGGUUGAUCAACUAGUAGAUCCAGUUAUGAACCAUGAUGCUGAAGUUGUUAAGGAGAGGUUAACCAAAGGAUUGAGAAGCUGUAAACUGACACUGACAGCGCUUCCAGUUCUGCAGCUUUUGGCACAAUGUUGUUGACAGUAGAACACAAAUAAUUCUUCUGGCAAUUGAUAUCUGAAAUAUUUCCCUAUCAAAAUCAUGCACCAGUGCUACAACAUUAUGAUGAUCGAUACAACUUCCCCCGGCCAAUUUGUGAUGAAUAAUAACUGCAGCUCCACAGAAGCAAUAACAGGUGAUGAGAAGAGACCUAAAAAAUGGUUGAUGUGAUUAAUUGUUGUACAAAAGAUGCUCUCUGAUUCAACUCUUCACUGUUCUGGUUUCUUUCCAGCAACUGUGAACUAUUACUGCAAAACCCGAAGAGCAAAUUGGAAGCGGCAGUUAACAAUUGAGAAUCGAAAUGUUAUGCAUAAGUAAGUUGAUAUCUUCAUGGUGUCAAAACUUGAAAGGUUGGGAGAUAUCAAGAGCGAUCCAGUUUUGACAGGUCAAAAAAUAGAAUUUUGAACCAAAUUAUGUACUUGAUAAGCUGUUGCAAAUAUAUUAGCUUAAGUUCGUAUCAGUAUAGAUGGAAGUACUUGAAACAAUUUCAAUUGUCCAAUCAAAUUUUGUCAGGAAUCUUUUUCUUUUUCUUUUA